CCGUGGGGAACAAUCGGUGGGUGUAUCUUAGCUAGAGGAACAGAAGGAGCGCAGGUCGGGUAAAAGGAUAAACGCUGCUCUUUUUUUCUACAUUUUAAAGAUGGGGGAGUGAAAGAGCGUGUGCGCCCGUCGUGUCAUAACGCAUCCACCGACUAGCCCAAAACAAGCGCGCCACCGUCCAUGGCGUAAAAACAGGGGGUAAGUCUACAUAAAUAUAAGUGAAAUAAUUAAAUAAUUCGCUGUGGCGAGAAGAGCGUCAUCCGCAGUGUGUCUCUCUCUCCUUGCACCACCUAAGUGCAGCUGAGACAGAAGAGAGACGAGGAUACAGCAGGGAGGGGAGAGAGAGACACCGCUUCCCUUACCGAAUCAAGGAGAGAGGAGACGCGACUUGCAGACAGAAAAUAACGGGAAUAUAUCUAACGUAUCUGUGACCAACCGGCACUGCGAAUGUUUUGGAGGUGUUUUUAACGGUGAGCAGGGAUUCGGUGUUGCAGCGGCCUACCUGAAGAACCGCACAUGUCGGCACGUUCGAGCACCCCAUCUCCAUCCCCGCCCUGCGCGGAGCCCUGUUCGGUCUGAAACGGCAGGGCCAGGCGGGUUACCGAAUAUCGGAACCGUUCACGGAACCGGGGAACAGUGAUGCGUUAUCGAAGCGGAAUCAGAUCGACGAUUUUAUGAUACGAGUCUGGUAUGACCUAAUCAAUUAAUGAUUUAUUAUUCAUUGAUGUGGACGGACCAAUCAAACGACUGAUUUUAUGGAUUCAUGUUGUUGACGUUUUCUUGAAUGGAAUGAUUCCAAUAACCGGUGCUCUGGUAGUUCUGCUUUAUCGGUGUGAUGUGCUUUAUGUAAGGAUCCAUAGGCUAUAGGCUAGGCUAUAUCCAUGACAGAAAUAUAUAAAUAAAUACCAAAUUUAGGCCGAUGACAGGCUGAUGACGCCAAUACGGCAAAGCAACCCUCACAGUUGUAACCGAAAUAAUCCACGUGCUUCUUCCUGUCCGUCAGUAGAUACAUGGAUCAUUUCCGUUAGAUCAAUGCGUUUGUCUUUUGUGUAAAAAUAUGUUUCGUUAUUUCAAAAACGACUGGAGCAACGUUUUUUUCCUCCCUCGGCUGCAUUGAGACGGUAUAGGCAGCAGGCAGUCACAAGGUGCGAAACGAAUUGAACUUCAAGCAACAGCAGAACACACACACACACACAGUCUAUUUAUUUUACCCUCCUGUCCUCUAAUCUUACAUCCAUCCAUCUCUGGACUGCAGCACUCCGUCUCUAUCCCUCCCUCCUUCCUCCCUCCUUCAUCUAAUUCCUCACUAUGUUCUAUUCCCAGAUUACCCAUUUUGAUUUUUAAAAAUAAUUACGUUUUGGCUCUAUAAGAGGUUUUAAAAAACAGUUUUUCGCCUCCAUCCUGUACACCUCUCCUUCACUAUCAUACCAUCGGUGCAUCUGGUCACACACACACGCACUUGACACACACACCGGGCCGCUCGCUAACACGGCACCGCAACGAUGGAGACGACUAAACUACCCCCGACCAGCCCUUCCUCCCCGACCACCGGGUUCUCGGUCCCAUCAGCGGAGAAGGUGGAUGGGUUUCCCCGGAGGUCGAUGCGCAGAGCCCGGCAGAGGCGCUCCCACUCCUCGUCCCAGUUCCGCUACCAGAGCUCCCAGGUCGAGCUGACGCCGUUGCCGCUACUCAAAGAUGCCCCAGUGGCAGAGCUCCAUAACCUGUUCUGUAAGAAGCUGCAGCAGUGCUGUGUCCUCUUUGACUUCCUGGACUGUGUGGCCGACCUCAAGGGGAAGGAGAUCAAAAGAGCUGCGCUCAACGAGCUGGUGGAGUCUGUUGCAACCAGCAGAGGAGUUCUGAUAGAGCCACUCUACCCAGAGGCUAUUAAGAUGAUCUCAGUGAAUAUCUUCAGGACGUUACCUCCCAGUGAGAACCCAGAGUUUGACCCAGAGGAGGAUGAACCCACUCUAGAGGCUUCCUGGCCACAUCUACAGCUGGUGUACGAGUUCUUUCUGCGUUUCUUGGAGAGCCCAGACUUUCAGCCCUCCAUGGCCAAACGCUACGUCGACCAGAAGUUUGUUCUACAGCUGUUGGAGUUGUUUGACAGUGAGGAUCCCAGGGAGAGAGAAUACCUGAAGACCAUCCUGCAUCGUGUCUACGGCAAACUGCUGGGUCUACGGGCGUACAUACGUAAACAGAUCAACAACAUCUUCCUCAGGUUCAUCUAUGAGACUGAGCACUUCAACGGAGUAGCAGAGCUACUGGAGAUUCUGGGCAGCAUUAUAAACGGGUUUGCGCUCCCCCUGAAGUCGGAACACAAGCAGUUCCUGGUUCGAGUCCUGAUCCCUCUACACACAGCCAAGUCCCUGUCCAUCUUCCAUGCACAGCUGGCAUACUGUGUGGUCCAGUUCAUGGAGAAAGAUGCCACGGUCACAGAAUACAUCAUACGAGGGCUGCUCAAGUACUGGCCCAAAACCUGCACCCAGAAAGAGGUGAUGUUCCUAGGGGAGAUAGAAGAGAUACUGGAUGUGAUUGAGCCGUCUCAGUUUAUCCGUGUUCAGGAGCCUCUCUUCAAACAGAUCACUGCCUGCAUCUCAAGUCCACACUUCCAGGUAGCAGAGAGGGCUCUGUACUUCUGGAACAAUGAGUAUAUCCUGUCUUUGAUAGAGGAGAACAGUCAGGUGAUUCUACCGCUGGUCUUCACUACACUCUACAGAGUCUCCAAGGAGCACUGGAACCAGACAAUAGUCUCUCUGAUCUACAACGUUCUGAAGACCUUUAUGGAGAUGAACAGCAAACUGUUUGAUGACCUCACUGCCUCUUACAAAGUGGACAAACAGAAGGAGUUGAAGAGAGAACGUGAGCGUGCAGAGCUGUGGAGGGGGUUGGAGGAGCAGAAGGAGAGGAGGCUUCAGACCCUGGGGGAGACCAGUCGUAAUCAGAAGAACCUCCAGGAGAGAGGGGAGCCUCCUCAGCCCUCCUCCCCACACAAGGCACUCCCUAAGCAGCCAGACCUCAAGCCCAGUGGACCCUCCUCCACCACCUAGAGCCAGACAGAGAAUCAGUACCAGAGCCACAGAGUACAGAACAUACUGAUACAGUUAGCACACACACACACACACACACACACACACACACACACACACACACACACACACACACACACACACACACACACACACACACACACACACACACACACACACACACACACACACACACACACACACACACACACACACACAGAUAAUUUACACAUAGCCAUACAUAGACAUAACGUAUACUGUGUACACACGCUCAUGCAAAGUGUACACAAAUACACACUAA